GUGCUGGACAUUAUGCCCGUAUAUAGCGUAGAAUAUCCAGUUGAAGCGGAGUAUGGGAUCAAUAAAGAUCGCACCGUAGUACCACCAAGCAUAUUUGAAGCCGAGUGUGUUCCGCAAGAACGGAUGCUUUGCGUACGGGUCCAUCAAACUCCAGUCCAUGACAAUAUCCCAGACGCUGCAGUAGACGCCAUUGAUGGUUGCCCAAAAGAUGAACAGUAUCCGUAA